GCAACACGUCCACUGAACAGCUGAAUAUUAACCGCUCAGCCCUGCAGCAGCUGGUUUAUGAAGUGUUUGUUGAAACUGUUUUAAUUAUUAUCGUAAAGAAGAAGAAAAGGACACACCUGUGUGUUGUAACUGCAGCAUGUCUGAAUAUGUGACAUUUCAACAUGGCAAGUCUCGUUUCGACCAGAACACGUUUUUUGGGCGGUUCAGACACUUCCUGGAUGUGAUCGACCCCAGCACACUCUUCGUUUCAGAGAAACGUCUGCAGGAGUCUGUGGAGCUGCUCGACCGUUUUAAACAAGGAACUCUGCCUGCAGGAGUUACAGAUGCUCAGCUUUGGCAGGCUCAAAAAAUAAAGCAGGCCAUCAUCCACCCUGACACGGGGGAGAAGAUCCUCAUGCCCUUUCGGAUGUCAGGUUUCAUCCCAUUUGGCACACCAGUGGUUGUUGGCCUCCUUCUCCCAAAUCAAACCUUGGUGUCCACUAUCUUCUGGCAGUGGUUAAACCAGAGUCACAAUGCCUGUGUGAACUACAGCAACCGCAACGCCUCCAAGCCGGCUCCUGCCUCCAAAUUCUUCCAGGGAUACCUCGGAGCGGUGACCAGCGCGGUCUCCAUCGCUGUCGGGUUGAACGCGUUGAUCCAGAAAUCGAGCCGCUUCAGCCCGACCACCAGGCUCCUGGUGCAGAGGUUCAUCCCCUUCCCAGCAGUGGCCUUCUCGCCUCCCUACAGCGAGUGCAAACGUCUGCAACGUGGUUCUCAUGAGACACUCGGAGCUGUCGGAGGGUAUCAGCGUGCUCGACGACGACGGGAAUGUGGUGGGAACUUCAAAAGUGGCAGCCAAACACGCACUUUUAGAAACAGCUCUGACCAGAGUGGUAAUGCCGAUGCCAAUUCUGAUGCUCCCUCCCAUCAUCAUGAGUGCACUGGAGAAGCUUCCUCUCCUGCAGAGACAGCGGCGGCUCGUUCUGCCCGUCCACAGCCUGGUUUGCCUCGCCGCCUUCGGCCUCGCUCUGCCUCUCGCCAUCAGCCUCUUCCCACAGAUGUCACAGAUCAGCGUCAAUCAGCUCGAGCCAGAGAUCGCCAUGGCAACAGAUUGUAAGAUUGUGACAUACAAUAAAGGCCUGUGAUUGAUCUUCUCUGCCAGACGUCUAAAGAUAGGAAUACAAGUACAAGAAGACCGAAUUAUGCUAAAAUCUUGGCUGCGUUAUCCUGUGGAGAGUAAGCAUAUGUUUGCAGAGAGGACACGCGUUGUCAACACCAAAACAAUGUAUAAGAAAUAACAUAUAUCGACACCUUUUAGGAAGUACUAUCCCCUGUUAUAACAUGCACACCUACCAACAAAAUAACAUCAAGUGACUGAGCCACAAAAAAGAUUUAUGGAUCAACUCAAAUAGUAACUAUCAAAACUAUUUUCUUUAAGCUUGCCUGGUUUAUUUUAGUUUUUCCUGUGAAAGACAAUACAUUUUGAGGUUCACUUUAACAUGUUUGAGGAAGAAUUAGUGGAUUAGAUAGUGAUGGACAAAAUACUCUAAGUAAAAGUAUUAACACCACAGUGAGAAACGCUCUUCCUGCCCUCACAGUUUGACUUAAGUGAAAUUAAAGAUAGUAAAUAAUUAUACACAAUGGCUCAUUUCAUAAUGAAUAUUAUAUAAAUCAUCUUCAUGACAUUAAUGUGGAAGCCGGUAAAGGAGGGGGAUAUUUUUUGUAAUGAUAUACUGCCGGGUCACUCGUUGACUUCACCAAGGGAUCAAUACGUUGUUUCUUGACCUAUAAUAGUUUAGUCCAAAUGAUUUGUUGAUUAUACUUUGUAAAAUUGAUCAGAAUCUGAAUCAUGCACCAGUGCGCAGGAGUGAAGUACAAGUGUUUGGUGAUGAUUGUAGCUGCGAUCUGUAUCGUGAAUGUAAAUACUGUAGAUGAAAUCAGAAAAAUGACUGAAUUGUAUUUCCUGUGACAUAAUUAGUUCUCGUUUAUGAUGAUAUCACCAACCGUGUCUUGCCUUUUUAUACAAAGCUAACGGCAGUCUAACAACCUGGUGUCAGAGGUUGCAUGUCAGGAGGAAAGAUCUCAAAUAUUGCUCAAGAAAAGAGAAGACUCCAAUAUACAAACUUCAUUUUGUUGUUUUCUUAUUUCUUUACUUGGAGAAUCAUUUUGCAACCAAUCACAUUUUCCCCGUGACCCCUUAGGGCUGCUGACCCCUAUGUUGGGAACCACUGAUUUAAUGGAUUUAAAAAAAAUCAGCCAACAGGAAAAGUUUCUCUGCCUGAUUUUGUUACAGUAUCUGAAAACCUGUCCUGUAAACUCAAACUGUGAACUGCAUUAUGUUUUAUAACAUAUGUCUCCUUGAAAUCAUCCAAUGACAAUGUGAUUGUUGUUCCAGCACAUGCAUUGAAAACAGUGUCAUGUAGUGGAAACAACAGUUGGCUUUAGUUUCAUGCCAAGUUAAAUGAUUCAUGUAAUUAUAUAUAUCUGUUUGUAAUCACACAGAGUUAAUACUGUAUAUACACAUACAAGUCUUAAUGUAAAAUAUGGAGAUUUGUAUUCCAUAUUGUUUAUUUUUAAAUCUCUAUUGUAAAGUGCUGCUUUGUGAAUGUACUUGAUUUAUAUAAACUUCCUGUCUACAAGUGUUA